AUGGAUCCUUCUGAGAUAAUAGCUGUUAGUGAGGUUCUAGCUACUAUUCCUUUGGGCUGCAAUCCAGACACUACGCAACACCUUGUUCCAAAAAUCCACUGUUCCCAUUUGUCGCUGGAACAGCAGCAGAUUCAACUUUUGCAAAGCAGGUUUAAGAAAGUAGACAACCCAAAGAAACAACAGGUCUUGGAAACCUAUUUGAAUGAGUUGAUUGAUGCUUUGGACUCUAUUCUAUCCAACAACCAAACUGAGUGUUUUAAAAAUAACGACACUCCGCCCUUGAAUUACUCAAUCAACAAACUAUAUUCAAAUGUCCAAUUUUUGGUGAACAACAACUACUCUUCAAAGCUAUAUAGAAUUUUAAUUUUGAAAAUCAAAAAUCAUUUUGAAAAUUAUUUUGACUCAACUUUAAAAGUCCAGUUUGAUCAUCUUAUAGCUCAAAUUAAUUCAAAUGAUUAUAAAAACCACAUUCGCUUUCUAAAUCUAAGCUCAACAAAGGAAUACUCCAACAACUGGGUUCUCGAUCUAGGUUAUUAUGAUGAUUUGAUAAUUUUAUUGACAGAUUUCUUAAAAUUGUUCACAGACUCUUACAACAUGUGGAUGCGUAAAAUUGUUCUAAUCCGAUUAAUUUUUAUUUAUUUGGAUAGAUCAUUAAUACCUUUUGACGAUCUUAAAUUGUUGUCCAAUUUUAAUCUAAAUAGCAAGAAAAAACUUAAAGAGUUUGGGGUUUACAUCGUUAUGGCUUCAUUUUUUGACAAAAGAAAAACAGAUAAAUUUAAAAAUGCUACCCAGAGCAAUAAAACUAACGAUGAUGAUCACAUUGGUGCUCCUAAUGAAAAAAAAAAUAAAACAGGUCAACCUGAAUAUGAACCUGAUUUCGACUUUGAUUUUGAUUUCAAGUCUGCAAACUCUUAUUUAUAUCCAAAAAAUUCUAACAAGUAUGGUCUGUUGGUCUUUUUAUAUUUAUUCUAUUCUCUUAGAAUUAUUCGGUUAUUCAUAAUAUCGAAAUCGAUUGCUUUGAAUAGCAAUUCAAAUAAUCAAUUGGACCCUGCCAAAUUCAAUGAUUCUAAUAACACUAAAAACCUAAACAUUUUGUACACUUUUAUCUUGAAAGUUAUGAAAAUUUUGAAAGAAAUAGAUCUUUUUGACAAUUCGGUCUUAUUUGAUAAAAUCUUUCAGCUUGAGAAUAAAAUCUUUUAUUCUGAUUACAAAAAGACAUUACUAUCUUCAAAUUCAAAUGAUGAUUACUCGACCAAUCCCUUCAAUUCAAAAUUUAUUGAAAACUUCAUCAAUGUAUUCAAGUUUGAAUUAUCUUUACUAGAAAACAUUUAUAACAGCAAUUUCAAUUUGAGUUCUUGGCAGAAAAAUUCCAACAAAAAAAAAGUCUCUGAAGUGAAACAAUACCAAUUUGAAUCAUCUGUUUUAUUUCCCGAUAGUAAUAGUAAUAAUCAUAAUAAUAACAAUAAUAAUAAUAAUAAUAAUAAUAACGACAGUAUAAACCACAUAAAUUCGGAAAGUUAUUUUAAAAAUUAUGACAAUCUCAAAGAUAUAAAAAGAAAUCAAGAGAAAAUUAUCAAAAACAAGACAACUAUAGUAGAUUCAUUAUUAUUUCAAAACUUUGAAGAAACGUUGAAUUUAAUAUUACCGCCAAUUAUUCGAAACUCAAACAAACACUCAUUAAACCAUUUGUAUAAAUUCACACUAAAUGAUAAUAAAAAGAUUCCAAUAUUAAGCAAAAUUUAUUCCAAAUUAAUUGAAAAUAAUUUAAGCUCAAAAAUACUCGAUAAUUUUGGUAAUGCCAAUUCAAAUAGUAAUGUUAUCACCAAAAGCUCCAACAAUUUGGUUGAUUUCUUAUUCAAAGAAAAAGAAACACUUGAUCACAUUAUUAGAUAUAGUUUUAAUAACAACGCUAACUUUGUUAAUGAUAUUAACAAUAAAUUCUCUAAUUUAUUAAGUAUUAAGAAUAAUUAUCCAAUUUUGUUAAUCGUAAAGUAUUGCAAUGAUUUUUUUCAAGAUUUAAUGGUUUCACUAUCUUCCAAUGAUCAGAUCUUGGACUAUGAAAUGGCUCUAAAUGGCUUGUUUGAAAAAAUCAUUUGGUUUUAUCAAAGAAUCGAAGACAAAACAUAUUUUGUCAGAAUCUAUAAAAAUUAUUUGUCCAAGAGAUUAAUCAAUUAUUAUUCAGAAAAUGUUGAGCUGAGCAGAAUCAAAGUUGAAAAAAGUGUCGAGGCUGAGAAAAUGUUUUUAAAGCUUUUCAUCAACUAUGACAAGGAAGAAGCAUCAAUCAGAUUCAACAAAUUUAUGGAUAUGUUUCGAGAUUUGAAUCUUUCAAAAACAUAUAAAACCAAGUUUCAUGAUCAUUUGAAAAACUUCCCCACUGUUUUGGAAUUCUCUCCUUUGAUUUUAACUACUAAAUGUUGGCCAGAUCCUCCGUCGUUUGUGGGAAAUAUUACAUUACCUAGUCCACUCAAUAAUAUUCUUAGUGAGUUUAACCGGUUUUAUGCUGAAGGGACUAACUUGAGACGGCUAAACUGGUCUUUUUUUUACAACACAAUUAUUUUAGAUGUGAACUUUCUGACAGGGUUGAAGACAUUGAAUAUUAAUAUCAUAACCGCGUCUAUUAUUCUUUUGUUUGAAAAUGAAUCAAAGAUGACAUAUCUGCAAAUUUUGGAAAAAUUAGAGGUUGAUAUAACCCAUAACGAUGCAGAAAGCAAAGGAGAAACAGAAAGCAUUAAAACCACAGAAAGUUACUCGCAUUCAACGAAAGUGAUCGAUUCAAUUAAAUGCUCGUUGUAUUCGUUAACUGCAUCCAGAAAUCCAAUAUUACUAAAAAACAAAAAGAGUCCAAUGUUUCUCAAUGAUGAUAUUUUUCGAUUUAACGACAAUUACCAGAACAGUAGUGAAAUCGUCAAGGUCCCUGUAAUUUCACUAAAGAAUUACAAUCGGAAGGUUGAAGUAUAUCGGUCUUCAAUGUUAAAUAAGAAACAAAGGAAAAGAACUGUGACUGGCUCUGUUGUGAGAGAUAAUGACCAAUCACCAACAAGCAGCAAAGUGCUGAAAAAUAGUCAAGAAAAUGUAGAGGAAAAUUUAGCUGAAAACAUGGAUGAAUAUCUUGAUGGCAGUGAUUUUAUUUCAAAAAGACUGCAUGUUAAAUUAGAGGAAAGCAUGCAAAAUGACAGAUCAUUAGAAAUAGAAAGUAUUAUUAUCAAAAAUUUAAAAGGAUCGGGUCCCAUUACUCAUUCUAACUUGAUCAUGAGGGUUAUUAGCUUGAUUAGGGACAACGGAAGAGAGGAGCCAACAAUCAAGGACCUUAAAUUAGGAAUUGACUCGUUGUUAAGUAAAGGGUAUAUUAAACGUGAGAGAAGUGAUCUGUAUAUUUAUAAUCCGUGA